AACAGUGUACCUCCCUACCCGAUAUCUUCCCUUCCGCGGAUUGUUUGAAUUUGACAGUUGUCUGUCGUCAUUGUUUGACACGAAGAAUUGUCCGUAUGUCAGUUUUGUUCUUCGGGCGAGGACGGCAAUGACAGAUAAACAAAAUUCAUCCUCCACGAAGAGCGACUGUUGUAAGGUUCCCCAUCAGCACUUGCAAAACAAGAAAAAGAAGAAGUAGGCAAGUUUGUGAUUCUAAAUGCAAAAUUUCUCUUGCUAAUUGGGAUUGAACCCGUGAAAAGUGCGGUUUUCCCCCUAUUUCGUAAGGGAACGCGUUUCAACGAUCAGUGAUCAAAAGGGUGUGCAAAAGUUUGUUCGUGGGUGUAUCGUAGAGGUUGGAAAAUUGUAGAAAUUGUUUUUUGGUGCUUGUGAAGAACGCACUCCCCAGCCCCAUCGGUUUAGCUGCUGCCAGUCUGAAUGAGAAGUGAUGCAGUGUUCGUGUGACGGUGAAAAUAUUUGAAAAACACAAAGUGAAAAGAAGGCCUUGCGGACAGCAAAAAAAAGCUACUACGCCUACUACGCGAGUGUUGGCAGAGCAAAAGAAUAUUUCAGCACGGGAGUGCCCCGCGGUUCGACCCGUAGCGUUCGCAACAGAAAACAGUGCAUGGAUAUUGUUGGUGGCCCUUCCCAUUGAUAAACGGCCCACUUUAGAACCCGCGUAGAACGUAGAGCGGAUAUCUCUCUUUCUGUUAUCACCCACCACCACCACCAGCACCAGCACUAUGAACGCAUCCGACCCGUUCGUGAUAACCUCCCGCGAGAGGCUCAAGUACGAGGACCAGUUCAAGUCGCUUCAACCGGUCGAUGGUGUGGUGACGGGGGGCCAGGCCAAAGGAUUCUUCCUUCAGAGCCAACUGCCCCCACAAAUACUCGGCCAGAUAUGGGCCCUUGCCGAUACGGAUGCCGAUGGUCGCAUGACGCUCGGUGAGUUCAGCAUCGCCUGCAAGCUGAUCAAUCUGAAGUUGCGUGGAUUUGAAGUUCCCAAGGCACUUCCGCCAACACUCAUCGCUUCGCUCACUGCCGUUGGUGGAACACCCAUACUCACUCCCACCUCCGGCUUGAGUCCGCUCGAUCCGUUGAAAUCGCUGUCCGGUUCGAUUGCGGCCGUGCCACAAGUUGUUCCACAAGCUCAGCCACCCAUGAUGGCUCCGCAUGCUGCCGGAAUCGUUCCGCAUGCUGUAGUGCCUCCGCUGAUGAACAAUCAAAUGGUUGCCUCCCAGGUUCCGCUAAUGGCUAGUGUGGUGCCUCCUAAGCCGGCCCUUCCACCACAGCCCCUAAUCGGUGCCACCUCUCAGGCACCUCUCAUUUCUAUGGGACAACCGCUGAUUCCCGGCGUGCCGACCAUUCCGGGUAUGGCACCGGCUUCAGCUGUAAUGCAACAGCCGUUGAUCGGUGGCCUUGGAGGAAGCGCUCCAACCAUUCCACCGACUGCAGCAGUGAAGCCGCUAAUUGAUCCGCUAGGAAGUGUUAACGCAGUGCCACUGGUGGGCGGCGUAGCAUCGGUUGUUCCAGCACCUCCGACACCUCCGCAUUCGGGUGGCGGAACACCAGCGCGCUCGAUGUCAAUCUCGGAACGGGCACCGUCUAUUGAAUCUCCCGGACAAAUGGAGUGGGCAAUUAAAGGACCAGCUAAACUGAAAUACACCCAGCUGUUCAAUACGACUGAUCGCAACCGUAGCGGAUUCCUUACCGGGCCGCAGGCACGCAACAUUAUGGUGCAAACGAAACUUCCACAGGCGAUGCUUGCUCAAAUUUGGGCCCUUGCCGAUAUGGACACAGAUGGGCGGCUUGGCUGCGAGGAGUUCGUGCUGGCGAUGUAUUUGUGUGACAUGGCGGCUGCUGGCGAAAAGGUUCCUACCACGCUGCCACCCGAGCUCGUGCCGCCGUCCUUCCGGAAGGCUUCGUCACGCCACGGUUCGGUGGUAGGUUCUCGCCAUGGUUCCGUUUCGUCACAGGGAGCACCGGUGCAUGCCGCCGUUGAGCUUGAUCCUCUGUCUGGCUUACCACAAUCAUCGUUCGAAGAUAAACGCAAGGAAAACUUCGACAAAGGCCAAGCGGAGCUUGAACGGCGACGAAAAGCAUUGAUGGAUAUUCAAAAGAAAGAACAGGAGGAACGUGAGCGCAAAGAGCGUGAAGAACAGGAAAAAAUACGCAAAGCUAAGCUCGAGGCCGAAAUGAAGAAGCAGCAAGAGCUGGAGAAAGAACUGCAGCGUCAACGCGAACUCGAACAGGAACGAGAGGAACAACGCAAGCGUGAACUCGAAAAAAAGGAACUUGCUCGAAAGGAGCUAGAGAAACAACGUCAGCUCGAAUGGGAAACGCAAAAGAUUGCGGAAAUGCAGCAGCACAGGCAGCGUGAACAGGAAAAUGUGCUCAAGCUAAAAGCACAAAACCAAUCGCUUAGCGUUGAGCUGAGCACGUUCAAUGAACGCAUCAAGGAGCUGUCGCAAAAGAUCUGCGAUACGCGCGUUGGUGUUACGAACGUCAAAACCACGAUUGAUGGGAUGCGCACCACACGUGAUACGCAGAUGGCGGAAAUGAAUCAGCUAAAGGCGAAGGUAAAGGAACAGAAUCAGCGGCUGGUGCAGCUGAGCCAGGAGAAGGCUAAACUAGACGCGAAGAGCAAAUCGGGCGAAACGGAAAGCCAGCUACAAUUCACUAACAAACAGAUCGUUAUACAGCAGCUAAAGGACAAGCUAGAAAACACCAAGCAACAGAUCGAGAACAAAUCGUCGGAUAUUAAUCUGAAUAGAGAUCAGCUGAUCGAGCUGAAAUCACAGCUGACCGAUCUGAUUGAUGCAUGCGAGAAACUUUAUGGCGAAUAUGAUAUGCAAAGAAUUCAGAUUUUGGAGAUGAAAAACAAUCGUAAAAACGAAUCCUACACCAGCGCAUGGGACACUUCGAACUCAUGGGCCACUUCAGAUACCGCGACGCAUGCGGCAGUCAGCAGUGAUCCAGUGCCAGCGGCCGCAAGGGCUGGCGAUGAUGUACAAACGCCACCGGGAUACAUGAAGUAUCGGGCAAUCUACGAGUUUAAUGCCAGAAAUAACGACGAGAUUUCAUUCCAACCUGGUGAUAUUGUGAUGGUACCGCUGGAACAGAAUGCAGAACCGGGAUGGUUGGCAGGUGAAAUCAAUGGUCAUACAGGUUGGUUCCCGGAAUCGUUUGUAGAAAAGGUGGACAGCAACCUGAACGUGGUAGAAGCAGCAGCAGCACCAGAAACGAUAGCUUACAGUGAACCGGUUGCAGAAUACACCACUGCACCAGUUGAGGAGUACCAACCGGCAAACGAUAAUACAGAGGCUACCUGUAACGGUGACGUUGAGUAUUAUGUUGCUUGCUAUGCGUACCAAUCGGCAGAGGCAGGUGAUCUUGUGUUCGAUGCAGGCGAAACGAUUGCUGUUUCAAAGAAGGAAGGCGAUUGGUGGACAGGCACAAUUGGCAACCGGACUGGUAUUUUCCCUUCAAACUAUGUGCAAAAACAGGAAGGUGAGGUAAUGAACGGGAAUCAAGCAACAUAUAACGAGCAACCGACGCAUCAGGAACAGGAACAGCAUCAGCCACAAGUGCAAUCGUACGAACAGGAAACCAAACGCAAGCAAUCAACUACCGCUGCCGGUAGCAAUACUCAGGAUGCAGAAGAUGCACGAAAUCAAGCCGAAUUAGAUUCGGAAGUGUCGCAGAUCAAUACUCAACCACCAUCUGGUGCGGCAGCAAACGAAGAAAACAUUCGUUACUCUUCCAUGUCCAUGACGUCGGCCACACCCAGCCUUCGGCGGAAGGGCGAAGUGGCACAGGUGAUUGCACCGUACGAAGCAACGAGCUCCGAGCAGCUUUCGCUUCAGCGCGGACAGCUAAUCAUGAUUAGAAAAAAGACCGAUUCCGGCUGGUGGGAGGGUGAGUUACAGGCAAAGGGUCGUCGCCGACAGAUCGGUUGGUUCCCGGCGACGUAUGUAAAGAUACUGCAGGGUGGACGAAACAGUGGUCGCAAUACACCGGUGUCGGCUAGCAAGGUUGAGCUGACGGAAACGAUUCUCGAUAAAGUCAUCGCACUGUACCCGUACAAAGCACUGAACGACGACGAGCUGUCCUUCGAGAAGGACGAUAUCAUUAGCGUGCUCGGCCGUGAUGAGCCGGAGUGGUGGCGCGGUGAACUGAACGGCACCACCGGUCUGUUUCCGAGCAAUUACGUCGGCCCGUUCGUGUCGUCCGGUAAGAACGGCAAAUCUCCCGCUGCUAGUUAACACACAAUAUACACAAUAGCUUGUAAAUCGCGUAGUCUGUAUGGAUAUGCUUUUUGAAACGUUUGUAUAUUUUCUUUGUGUGUGUAAAUGUUAAGUUACGGUGUCAUUAUGUGUGUAAUUUUUUGUUUGUAUGUUAUACCUUUCUUUAUUUGCGUCUGUUUUGCCAACAUCAUCAUUCCCAUCGCAUUACUUGUAGGUGUUAGUGCCUCGUAAGGCUCGAAUCGAGCGUAUUCUACAGUUGUCUCUGAGCGAAGGAAAGAUUAUAAGAGAUGGAAAGCUUAUAAGCUAUACUUUAGCUGAUUUACGUACUCUAUCAAAAAGAUGUAUUCUUUGGAAUUUGCCACAUAUUUGAUCAGAUCUGCUCUUUGUAAUAGUGUAUACUAUAUAUAUACGCGUUAUGUUCUACUCAAAUAUCAAUUAAAUAUCAUACCAAAUGAUAUCUCUAACUAGGAAAAUGUCAAGCGAUACCGGAACGACAAACGUUGUACCGCAUUGAGGUCAUUUUUGUUUAAUCAUAUGUAGUAGAAAAUUGAUCGCUAUUUAUAUAUAUAUGUAUAUUUAAUCGGUAUUCCUUUUUUAACAAGCGGUUCUUUUAUUUUCACAAUUGUUAUAUCUCUGAGGACAGAAAGAAAAGUCAUCGUUUUUUAAUGUGGUGUUUUAAAUUAAACAUUGUUUUUGUCUAUUAUUUUUGUGUACUAUACGUUUUAUUUUUAGUUGAUUGCAGUAUAGUAAAUAUGUUUUUGGCUCUUCUGUUAGUUAUAUUUUAGAGACACAAUUACCACACUCAUGGAAGAGAGCGUGUAUCGCUGCCAGUAUCGUAAGCGUGUUUUACAUAUCUCUUUAAACUUUUCCACCACGCUGCGUAAAGGCAAUGUAUAACGGGUAGCAGGGCUUUCUGCAACGUUCACCAAAGCCCAUAACGACACGAUAUAUCGAGAUGGCUUAGCCCGUGGUUUCGCACGGUGCACCGACCCUAGCACCACCGUCAGCAGCGAUAAGCCUUGUCGUACGGAUUAUGGUUACAGUGACAGCAGCUACAGACAAGCAGCGGACGGUGCUGAGGACGAUCUACACAACAACAAUAAGCGAUACCACAACAAUAAAAUCAAUAAUUAUAAAACUAAUUAUAAUAACAAUAACUGUAACGAAAAUACUAUGAGUAACAAUAACGAUAUUAAUCAGAGCAACAAUAAUCAGCUAAUAAUGCGAGCAUUUCACAUGGACAGCAGAAGGACAGCGCCGCAGUAGCACCACUUUAGCAACAACAAAAAAAAACAUUUAAAAACAAAACCCACUGUUAUAGGUGUAUAAUGUUAAUGUAGCGCAUCGAGACGAAUGUUUUUCAUUUCGAUGGAAACCUAUGGAAACAAAAGUCGGAGUAUAGUUCGGGAUCAGGUUGGGGCAACAAAAACAAGGAACGAAAUCACUUUCCUACGUGUGGCGUUUACUAUUGCUGCAGUGACACACAUUACAACAAGGAAAAAAACACGCAUAGUAGUUGUAUUCUAUUUACAUAUACAAUCAUCUUACACACAAUUACCUCGCUCUCGCUAGGAGAGUGACGCAUAAGCGCUGCAAAACCGUUAGAGUUGCUACCAUGCAAUCAGCAGCAGGUGCAAGUAUUAUCAGCUUUUGUUUACAGUAAAAUAGGUUGCAAAUGAAAUGAAGUAUUUAGCAAGAGGCUGAUUCACGGAUCUUUAGUUAGUUUCACCACCUCCGCAAGUGUCUACCAAUUGUGGUGUUUUUACUCAUACUUCUAGAAGAGUUUAUUUUUAAAAAUCAGUUGCAAGUACGAAAGGGACAGCGUAGUAUUCUGUAAUACCACAGAAGAAACGCUGUCCAAUACAGAUCAUUUAGCAGGUCAGAAUGAAAUAUGUAGAUAUUAACCUUCGUGAAUAUUAUUAUAUCCUGUUUCCUAAAAGCAAUGAAAUCGUCACAAUCAGCUGUAUGUUAAAGUUGUUAAGUUAGUGAAUAUGUGGAAUGUGUUUUUUGGUUUUGUUAGUGUUGGAAAGCGAAAACAUUCCUGUAAAUGAGUUUAUUUACGCGUACAGCCGAAUGUGUCACAUAAUCGAUAGGAAUAGGCCUCCCAAAAAUGAAAAAAAAUAGUACAUCUCUAAUCUUUGGCUUGUUACACUUUAAAGAAUGCUAGUGAUUAUCGGAAACGUUACACAGAAUAGUGUUAAAUGGUUGCAAAUAUGCUACCGAUUCUGUCUCUCUUUCGAUAGCUUCAUUUCGUUGUUCUUUCUUAGCACAUCCUUUACAGCAAAUUGUAACUUUACUGUGCAAAAGUGCACAGCAACAUUAAUGCCGAACACAUCGGUGUAAGAGCAUUGCAUUUGUAACAAGCAAGAUGCGGAAACUAAUGGAAGGCAUCCAUGAAUGAUAACAGAAUGUGUGGCGAAGUGGGGAUUUGGUGGGUGAUGAGCAAAUGUGGCAGCCAUUUGGUUUUCAGUGAUUCAUGACUUUUCGCUUACAGAUACGUCCUCCAAUGCAGGGCGCAUUGUUUAUAGUUACUAUUCUUAUGAUUAUGAAGCGAUCUAGCAAUUAAGAUGCUGUACAAUUUCAGUAUAAACCAAUCGUUUCUCGGUACGAUGUGAUGUGUAAUCAUACAUGAUUAUUAAGGGAGAUCGGAUGUGAGUUAGGUUAAAUGCCGCCGUAUAGCACGAAUAUUUUGUGCUGAGACUAGUGCGGUUCGUUAAAAUUUAGGUUUUGUUUAUCCGUGUACAUCGGUUUGUUUUAUUUAUCGAAAUGCUUAUCUCAAUGUGUGUGCGUGGAAGCAAAAAACCGGAUACAUUGUAAGCAUACUUGCAUAUACAUAUAUUUAAAAACGUAUAGCCAUCGUUAUUUAUUGCGAACGUUGCAUCGUAUCGCCCAAAAAGAAACCGGAUAUCAAUUAAAAUCGCAAAGCAACUACUGCUCGUUAACGCUAGUAAGAACACAACCCCAUCAAAACCAAACUCGUUACGCAAAAAUGCUAGGAUGAUUACUGAUGAAACAGAAGCAUAUAUAAAUAUAUACAUACAUACACGCCCACGUAUAUACAUAUAUAGAUAUAUAUACAUAUUUAGAACUUAAACCCGUGCCCUACCCUAUUAUUCGACGAACGCAAAACCUCUUAACUCCUUGACACGCUAUAUAUUCGAGAAAUGGAAAGCCCACUGCUAUGAAACGUACACGGAAAAAUGGUUAUUUCUUCAGAAAGUGUUAUUUAUUAUGCUAUUGCAAGCGUUAAAUGAAUUUAGUAGCGGAUAGGACGGUCGGUGAUGUUGAACGUUUUCUCUCUAACUCCAUAUCUAAACGGUUCCGGCAAACAAUGUUCAGGUUGAUAGUUUUUAGGUUGUAGCUUCUGUUCCCUGUGUCCUGUCGCACACAUCGUCGUUCGUACCGCUGUAAGAUACAGCUAAUGAUAAAGAACAUUUAAAAAAAACGAACACAUACAAACACACACACACACAUAUAUAUACAUAUGCUCAUGAUAUAUGUGAACCAAGUGCGGAAACAUCAUACAUAAUUGUUAUUAAUUGUCUGCAAAAAACCCGUACGACGAUUAAGCUGCUGCUGCUGCUCCAGUACACCGGCUACCAAUACCAGGAUUUCCCAUAUUUGUGUAAAUUGUGAACUCCUUCAGCAAACCAAUGGCUAAUAAGCAAACCCAAGCAAAUGCAUCUAAACGUACUCCCCCCAAAAAGCAAAUGUGUGUUGUAAAUGUAAAUGAAAAAAACAAACAAAAAGAACAGAGGAAACACAUCAAGAUCAAAUAAAGUUGAGAAUAAACAUGAAAAUAAUAGUAAAACUUUCAGUGGAAUAUUGCUCCAUCUCUCAAACAGUAACUUUUCAACUGGUUAAUGAAAGCAAAAUUUGGAAAGAAAUAUUUUAAUUGCAACACGCACGUUUCGGGAAAUUUCAAAAGUUUUUGGUAAUUCAGGGUAAGGUUGUACCCAACACUCUUUUACUUGGUAUAUACUUUCAUUUUCAGAAAUGCUUCUGAUGAGCUAAGUUUAUCAAUUGAUGUGAUUUAAGUAUGGCAUAUCUCACUUCAAUGAUUUUUUUUAUAUUAAAUUGUUGAAUUGAAAAUGAAUGUGUUAUCCGUGCAGACUUGAAUGUUGUACAAACUUGUUUAACAAAUAAUACAAUAAAAUUACUAUCGAACGUGAUAAACAUAAUCAUAAAAAAGCCAGCAAAUAGUAUUCGAAAUAGAUAAAUUACUUACGCCACUAACACAAAACAUGAACUGGUACCACUGCAAAGGACAAUUAAAAACAAACAAAAUACAUAUGCUACCUAUGUAGGGUAGAAACGAAAAUGGCUUAAAACGGCUCAAAAGAAAAGCAUGUUCCACCUAAAAUUACAAACUCAACUUAACAGUAAACAAUAAUAAAUCACGAUAACGUAUCAGUCAUACCCAUUUACUCAAUCGUUUUUAACCUUCAUAUGUUACAAUGGAUGUGAAUGGUGUGUAUGUGGUGCAAAUGAAAAAAAGCAACUGAAAGAAAAAAAAGGAACGAAACAACACCUGAUACAACUAAGCAGCAUUAAACAAGAAACACACUCUAAAGAAUGUGUCAUAAAUCAGCAGCUUGGCGUAUGAGCUGAAAGUAAUAAGAAAAGUGUAAUAUUUAUUAAACAAUAAUGCCGCAGCACAUAACAAAACCAUUGAAAGGUGAAUGGCAUCAGUGCUGAACAUAGAAUUUCACUUAAUUUACAUGUAUAGCAACUGUAACAAACAAAGCGGAAGCGAAUAAAUAUUGAAAUGGGAAUGUAUUAA